AACUCCGUCGUCCUCUGCGCGCGCCCGUCCUCGGUAGGGAACCCGGGGCCUGGAAGGAAAGCGGUGCUGCGUUGCGUUGUUUUGGGAUCCCGGAGCCUAAAGGGGGAGGGAAGAGGAAAGCGACCCAAACACUACGCUGCGGGCACAUCUCGGCCUUCGCCGCUGCAUCCGUGCGUGCACUCGCUCGCGCGGGCUCAGUACUGGCGCGUGAGGCGGAGGCGGGCGGCGGCGGCGGCGCCUGCGCGGUCGGACUCGGUCGACGGUUCGCAGGGGAGGAGGCGGCGGGAGGCGGAGGAGGCGGCGGCGGCGAUGGAGGUGAAGCGGCUGAAAGUGACCGAGCUGCGGUCAGAGCUGCAGCGGCGCGGCCUGGAUUCGCGCGGCCUCAAGAUGGAUCUGGCUCAGCGGCUGCAGGAAGCUCUGGAUGCCGAGAUGCUUGAGGACGAGGCCGGUGGCGGCGGGGCCGGGCCCGGCGGGGCCUGCAAGGCGGAGCCUCGGCCUGUGGCCCCGGCGGGCGGCGGCCCGGGCGGGGACGAAGAGGAGGACGAAGAGGAGGAGGAGGACGAGGAGGCGCUGCUUGAGGACGAGGACGAGGAGCCACCCCCUGCUCAGGCCUCGGACCAGGCCGCGCAGCCGCCGCCGGAGCCCCCGGAGGUGGCAGCCAUGGAGGCCGAGCCCGAGCCCGAUACUUCCGACCUGCCGACCGAGGCCACGGCCGAGUCAGGUGGGGUAAAUGGUGGCGAAGAGCAAGGCACCGGCAAGGGGGAGGAAGACGAGCCGGAGGAACGGAGCGGGGACGAGACGCCAGGAUCCGAGGCACCGGGUGACAAGGCCGCAGAGGAGCAGGGAGAUGACCAAGAUAGUGAAAAGUCAAAACCAGCAGGCUCAGAUGGUGAGCGGCGGGGGGUAAAGAGACAGCGGGAUGAGAAGGAUGAACAUGGCCGAGCUUACUAUGAAUUCCGAGAGGAGGCUUACCACAGCCGCUCAAAGUCACCACCACCUCCAGAAGAAGAGGCAAAAGAUGAGGAGGAGGAUCAAACUCUUGUGAACCUGGACACGUAUACCUCAGAUCUCCAUUUUCAAGUGAGCAAAGACCGCUAUGGAGGGCAGCCACUUUUCUCAGAGAAGUUCCCCACCCUUUGGUCUGGGGCAAGGAGUACUUAUGGAAUAACAAAGGGAAAAGUCUGCUUUGAGGCCAAGGUAGCCCAGAACCUCCCAAUGAAAGAAGGCUGCGCGGAGGUUUCUCUUCUUCGAGUUGGGUGGUCCAUUGACUUUUCCCAUCCACAACUUGGUGAAGAUGAAUUCUCUUAUGGUUUUGAUGGACGAGGACUCAAGGCAGAGAAUGGACAGUUUGAGGAAUUUGGUCAGACUUUUGGGGAGAAUGAUGUCAUUGGCUGUUUUGCUAAUUUUGAGACUGAAGAAGUAGAACUUUCCUUCUCCAAAAAUGGGGAAGAUCUAGGUGUGGCAUUCCGUAUCAACAAGGAAUCUCUGGCAGACCGGGCACUUCUACCCCAUGUCCUCUGCAAAAAUUGUGUUGUAGAAUUAAACUUUGGUCAGAAGGAGGAACCAUUCUUUCAACCACCAGAAGAGUUUGUAUUCAUCCAUGCUGUGCCUGUUGAGGAGCGUGUGCGCACUGCAGUCCCUCCUAAGACCACAGAGGAGUGUGAGGUGAUUCUGAUGGUAGGACUACCUGGAUCUGGAAAGACCCAGUGGGCAUUGAAUUAUGCAAAAGAAAAUCCUGAGAAAAGAUACAAUGUCCUGGGAGCUGAGACUGUGCUCAACCAAAUGAGGAUGAAGGGACUUGAGGAACCAGAGAUGGACCCCAAAAGCCGAGAUCUUUUAGUGCAGCAAGCCUCCCAGUGCCUUAGUAAGCUGGUCCAGAUUGCUUCCCGGACAAAGAGGAACUUCAUUCUUGAUCAGUGUAAUGUGUACAAUUCUGGCCAAAGGCGGAAGUUGUUGCUGUUCAAGACUUUCUCCCGGAAAGUGGUGGUGGUUGUCCCUAAUGAGGAAGAUUGGAAAAAAAGGCUGGAGUUGAGGAAAGAAGUGGAGGGAGAUGACGUUCCUGAGUCUAUAAUGCUGGAGAUGAAAGCCAAUUUCUCUCUGCCUGAAAAAUGCGACUAUAUGGAUGAGGUGACAUACGGUGAGCUGGAAAAGGAAGAAGCUCAGCCCAUUGUCACUAAGUACAAGGAGGAGGCCCGGAAGCUGCUGCCCCCCUCAGAGAAGCGCACAAACCGCAGAAACAACCGAAACAAGCGUAACCGGCAGAACCGAAGCCGAGGCCAAGGCUAUGUGGGCGGGCAGCGCCGAGGCUACGACAACCGGGCCUACGGGCAGCAGUACUGGGGGCAGUCUGGAAACAGAGGGGGCUACCGUAAUUUCUAUGAUCGCUACAGGGGAGACUACGAUCGAUUCUAUGCACGAGAUUACGAGUACAACAGAUACAGAGACUAUUACAGACAAUACAAUCGGGAGUGGCAGAAUUACUACUACCACCACCCCCAGGACAGAGACCGAUACUACAGGAACUACUACGGUUACCAAGGGUAUCGGUGAAGCCCCUCCUGUUGUCACCUGUCAGCCAUGAAGCUGAAUAUCAGAGGGUGCCAAGCACCCCUCAAAACACAACCAAGGAAAACAGGGGCUGUCGGGGUGGGGCUGAGCUGCCAGGGAGGGGGUGGGGGAGGGUGCGCAAGCAGGGGGGUGGGGGGAGGUGGAAACAAACAACAAAACUGUACAUUUUUUUUAAAGUUUGUUGAAAAGAAUAUUGUCUUAUUCUAUAAAACAUUUCAAACCUAGUUAGAUAUUUGUAAUCAAAAAACAUUUGCGCAGAAAGCAGCACUUAGGGCUGCCUGUUCUGUACCCUGUAGUUAAGACAGGAAAAGAACUGAAAAUGUCACCUCUUCUGAUAUUCUAAGGCAGCUGGACUGGCAGCCAAGUAAGGGAGAGUGAUGUGGGGGGCGGGAGCAGCGUGAGGGUACUCUCCACAGCAGAUAGGAGCAGGCAGGAGUGGGAUAGGGGAGCGCUGUGAUGGGACAGUGAAAAUAAACGAUUGGCUCUUAUCAAUCACAUGCACCAACUAACCGUUUGUAUUUUCUUUACCGACCUCUCCCUCUUGGGAUAUCUGGUCUGGUGGGCUGGGAGGCCAGAGUGUCCCAGUGUCCACUUUGCUGUGCCUUGAUGCUGUGUAGCUGAGGCACAGAGACUCUGGUUGGGCGGUUCUAUUAUAUAGGAUUCCCAGGCCAAGGGGGCCUGUGGACUGUUCUGGACUGCAGGACAGGAUAGCUUAGCCCCCUCCGUGUACCUACUAGUGAAUUCCUAUAGAGGGGAGAGUGGAAUUGCAGCCCUCAGUCUGAAGAUUGUGAUUUGCCAGUCUAUAGUCUCUUGUCUUCCGAGUUAAGAGAAGCGGGAGGCCUCUAAAUAAUCAUCUGUUAAGAGUGUCUGCCUCUUACAGUGCGAGAGAAGAAACAAUUCUCAGGGUUUCAGCUCACAGAAAUGCAGCAGGACUCUGCUCGCCGCAGCAGGACAUGUAUAUAGGGGAAUCCUGUGGUAUGGGCUCCCAGGCCCAGGUGCUGAGAAUAGCAACUAUUUUAUACAGUAUGGGAGGGCCUCUGCCCUGCUGUUUUUUUUGAUACACAGGUAGAAAGUGAAUAGUAUGGGAGGGUGGGGGGGAGGGGAGGCAGCUCAGUGGGGCUGCUGAAACUUUGGAGGAAUGUGUGAACUUGUAUGCAUGUGCGUGUGCAAGGAGCACCCCUACCAGACUUCUUGGAACAAGAUUCCUUUUGAGGUGCUUCCCUGGGUGUCCCCAGAAACGCAUCUCCUCAAGAGAUUUCAGUUAGAAUCCCUUAAUUUGUAGCUUUACCAGUACCCUGCUAGCUCUUGACAGAACAGCUAUAACUUGCUAUAAGUUCAAAAACAUGGGUAGGAUAUGGGAAUGCUCUUUGAAUAUUCAACUUCAGUUUUAGUUCAUCUUUCUGCUCAGCAUUAUGUCAACCAAGAGUGUACUGGGCAAAGCACCAUGAACUCAGCACUUGCAAAUGAGAGAACACCCUGGACUGUGCUAGUAGAAAAUGCCUCACUUUAACCUCUGCACAUGGGCAGUUCAUGUUUGAAAUUUUGUGCUGGGAUUGAAUCAUUCUCUGCCUCUCCCACUCUCCCUGCUGUGCAGUGCUUUUCUAGGUGUACAGACCCUCAGCCCUCUGACCAUCCCAGUUGGGACACGCCCUUCUGCUCAUGUACCUUUGACCCCAAGGCUGGAAUGGGGCUGGUAGAUAAAUCCCUCGCAAUGAUGUUUUGUUUUCUCUUGGUACCUACUUGGUGUGGGUGCCAAAAUGGAUUUGUGCGUGGCAGUGGAGUGAUGGCCUGAACCUUCUGGAGCCCACUAGCUUUAGUAGUAUUAUUAUUAUUAUGGGAGUUUGAGAAAGCUUUGCUCCUAGAGUCAGGGCAAGAGCAUGAAAACUAGAGCCCAAAGAAAUUCCCUUAGGGCAAGAUUAUGUUUAUAGUAGCAAAGUUAAUUUUCAGAGGCUGCUCUACCCCCCUACAUGUGCUCACUCAUCCAAUGAAGUGCAUCUUGUCUAUGACUUGGAUGGGGGUGUUUGCCCUCAGGCAGGGGGACAAAGCUUAUACCACUUGGGAGGGGGGUGUUUAGGAGAGUACUUGCUAUUUGUUUUGACAUCAGAAAAGUCAUCUUUUUCUAAAAGCUGUUUUUCUAGGUAUAGAGAAUGAAACUGCCGUAUCCUUGGGGGUUCAGCCCAAGAGAUCACUUGCAGCAACAGUGGAUGUCUGGAUUUUGUUUCUGUCUUGUGUUUUUAUUAUGGAAAAGCAAUGUUCAGGGGGGAGGGAAUGUAUGUGGAUUAUGGUAAUGGGAGGGAACUCUGGCCUUGUUUUCCUUAGACUUGUUUAGUGUUUUAUCAGAUGUCUGUUGUAGUUGUAGAUGGAAAAGCUUGUGAGAAAAACACCACAUGGAACCUGUCAAUAUUUUUUGCACAACCUGUAAAGCAUUCUUGGAAGUGGCCAGUAAAAAAGGGUUUACCAUUU